AUGGGUUGGUAUGUUGCCUCUUUGUGGUUGCUGCCUUCUACUGGCCUGGUUCCUGUUGAUCUGUCUAUGUGCUGUGCUGGGGGUGUGUCUGUCUGUGCCCAGCUGGUUUUGCUUCUGCUGCCUGCUGUUUUGCUGCCCCUGUUCUUUGAUGCUGCCUGUCCUGGACUGGAGCUCCUUUGCUCUUCUGGGUUCCAGCUUUAUUGCAGCUGGUCUCUUAGACUGCAGGCUCAUGGUAUUAGACCCAAAGCGGCAGAGGGCAUUAUGGGCACGGAGUUUUUGCAGGCUAUAAAGGUUGAGGUAAGGUAUGAGUUGAAACCGAAGCUGGGAUCCUCAUUGCUUGGCCUACCUCAGAUGGGACCCUGUGGCCUUGCUGGGCAUUAUGGAUUCAUGUGGGGUUCUUGGUCUCUUAUUAUUGCAGUUGUGGGGAGUAUCCGGUUUUUCAUUUGCUACUAUGGGCAGGAGUGCACUGUUCACGUGAACAGCCUGCUUUCAGCUGGCCUUUGUUUUCAGCUGCUCUCUGAGGUGGUUUUUGGUUCUGUUCAGCUGGUCACACCAGAAGUCAAAUUGGAAAUUGCAAUAGGCUUUCCAAACCUGGCAUUGGGUGUCCAUGUGGAGGAGAGUUUGCGGCUGAUGACUGCUGGCGUGACGGGUACCAUGAAGACAGUGCACCCCGUCCUUCAUAUUGAUUUUUUCUUGGAGGAGUGGUAGCAGAACUUUUCUGAGGAGAUCCAGCAGCCGAAUACCUUCUGGGGGACACACGUGGAAAUUAUUUUUGGAGUUCCCGUUGGAGUGAGACGGGGUGUUAUGUAAGGGGUCAUAGAAAAUCGUUGAUUAGCUUGCUUUUACGCUGUUGUCCAAAACUUGGAUUAAAUCACACAUCAUGAAAAAAAUGAUAUGCAGGCAUAUGCAAGACUGAACAACCAAGAGUUAUUGAUACAUACCAUCAUCAGUGAUGUUUGCACUAUCUAUGGAGCCGCUAAAUGAAUGUUGUGUCAUGUAGCCAUUUG